CGGAGGAGGAGGAGGAGGAGGAGGAGGAGGAUUCAGUUCAACUCUCCGACUGGACACAGCCGCCGUUCAUUUGUUUGUCCAAGAUGGAGUCUCAGCAACUGAGCAGCUCUCCAGACAUCAGGAUACAGCGGAGCCAGGACAGCAUGUUUGGAGUCAGGGUCCAGGUCCAAGGGAUCAAAGGUCAACCCUUUGUGGUUCUGAACAGUUCUGGCCAGGAGAUCCACCAGGACAUCUCUGUGAUCACUCACCAGGCUGGGUAUAACCCGGGCAUGGUGAGGAGGUCUGUGGACUCUCCAUCACAUGAGUCACAGCGGACUGCAUCCUCCGCUGGGUUUCAUUAUCAGAACCAUCCUGAGAUUCUGCGACCUUAUGACCCUGAGAGAAAUAACCUGAACCUAGUUGUUCCUUCAAAAGGAUCAAAAGCUCGACUAGCACAGCCAAACAUGGCUCUUCAUCAAGAGACAACCCCCUCUACUAAACCCAGGAUCCCCCUGCCUGCUGAAGGCCCAGAGGGAGACCAGGGGGAGGUGGUCCAAAAUAAAGAGUCUUCCUUAAGUCGACAGCUCCCUGGGAGGUCCCCAAACACAGUGGACACAGACUCCAUCUUUUCCGUAGGGAAGCUUAUAAGCCAGUUCAACAGCAGCCAGCGGAGAGGAAGAGGAGGCCCGAGGAACAGGUUGGACCCGGAGCAGUGUCGAAGGUCACGCAGCGUGGACAGCAGCAGAACAUCUGAAUCCUCGUCGUCCUCCUGUUCCUCCAGCAGAGCGUCCUCUCUGAAGGGUAUCAGGGGCGAGACUCCAAGUGGGAUAUAUCCUCCGGGGUCGGCCAGAGCUCGGCUCCUCAGCCGGGAAGCCUCUUAUGGGAGCAAGAAGGAAGAGAACAGGCCCAGCACCCUUAAUAGUGUUCAAAAUGGAAAAGAGAUGAGCCCUCCACAGGCUGUCAAACAUCUUCAGAGAGCAGAGAAACCGUUCAUCUCCACAUUGUGCAGUGACCAGAUGGAUGAAUCUGAUGACAGAGAUGCACAGGUGACUCCUGAUCUUCUGAAAGGACAGCAAGAACUGUCUGUGGACUCAACUGAAGACACAACGAGGCAAAUGCUGUUCACGUACCUUCAGGACGGGACGACUGACGAUGACUCCACCACUCAGAAGAAAGUCAACCUGCUGCUUGAAAGAGUCAACAAGAUCAAGUGGAAGAUGGCUGAAAAUUUGGAGGAGCUGGAGGAGAAAGGUUCUGCAGCUAAGGUGAAGCUUUUACAGGACAAACAAGUCACACUGGAGAAAGAAGUGUCUGAGUUAAGGCAAAAACUGGAAACUGAGAUUAAGAAUGAAAAGACUCUUGCCAAAGCUUGUGAAAAGGCCCGGACAGAGAAGAAGAAACUUCAGGAAGAGCUGGCCAGAAGUCAGGAAGAGCUCUGCAAUCUCAGGGACAGACUGGCUGGGAUCGAGGCGGCACUAGUGUCCACCAAACAAGAGCUGACUCAGAUGAAGGCAGAGAGAGAGAGAGCUAAGACGGAGAUGAAAGACCUUCAGCAGCAGCUUUCUGAGAUGCACGACGAGCUGGACCACGCCAAGAAGGAUGAGGUGAUAUACACGGAAAAAGAAGUCCUUCUGAAGGACAUGGCUCUGCUGCGGAUGGACUUUCAGGAGAUGCUACAGGUGAAGGAGGAGCAGGAGGAGGUGCUGCACCAUAAGGAGAGAGAGCUGAAUGCCCUGAAGGGGGCGCUGAAAGAGGAGGUGGAAACUCAUGAUAACUACAUGGCCGCUCUGAAGGAGGAAUAUGAAAACGAGCUUGAAAAGCUGCUCAUGGAGUUAGAGCAGGCCAAAGAGAGCAAUGCUCUGCUGGGUCAGAAGAGGGUCGCAGUAGAAGAAGAGAGUGGUGCAGCUAAGGUGCAGCUGAAGGAGCUGAGCCAGGAGAAGGAUCAGCUGAGAGGAAAGGUGCAGGAGCAGAACAACAUGGAUCAGCUGAGUCUGGCAAUCCAGGAGAGUAAAACCAAAGAGAGACUGCUGGAACAGAGAGCAAAGCAACUGGAGAGAGAAAAGCAGCAGCUGGAGGAGGCGCUGAGGGAUGUAAGGAGGAAUGAGGAGGAGAUAUGUCAGUCCAACCAGUCGCUGCUCUCUCGCUUAGAGGAGGUGCAGGGUAGGCUAACCAAGCUUAAUCAUGAGCACAGGGAGCUGAAGGAAAAGCUCAAGGAGGAGAGAAAACAAACAGAGGAGCUGUGGAGGACAAAAACUGAACUGGAGGAUGAGAGGAGGAUGCAUGACAGGACUGUAGAGCAACUGCAGAGGAAGAUGAAUAGCAUCAUGGAGGAGUGUGAGGCGUCCACAGAUGUGCUUCAGAACCAGGUGGAUGAGGCCAAAGAGAAGAGUCAGAGGGAGUUGGACGAGCUGCGGAGACAGCUGCAGGAAAAGGGAGUAGAGCUGGAGAAAUCCCGACAGGCAGCCAAAAAACUGCAGGAAGAGCUGCUUCCUCUGGAGGAGGAUCUGCGGAGGUGUCUCAGGGAGCAGCAGGAGGCCCAGCUCAGGGGCCGGCAGCUGGAGCAGAGGGCGGAGGAGCUGGAGGAGAGGAAUGCAGCCACGGUGGGGGAGCGGGAGCGGCAGGUCAAGCUCAUGGAGAGUCGUAUCGGUCAGCUAGAAGAGGAUCUUAAUGAUGAGCGAAGCAGCACCGACCGGCUGAUGGAGCGAUUAGACAAAACCAAAGAGCAGACGGACCAGAUAAGGAACGAGCUGAUGCAGGAGAGAGCCAUCAGACAGGAUCUGGAGUGUGACAAGUUGAGCCUGGAGAGACAGAAUAAAGACCUGAAGGGCCGAGUGACUCAUCUGGAGGGAUCACAGAGGAACAACCAGGAUUCACUCCUCUCCAAACUGAACUGCCGCAUCCAGGAACUUGAGGAGCGGUUGCAAGGAGAAGAGAAACACAACAACAGCCUGCAACAAGCCAACCGAAGACUGGAGCGUAAAGUAAAGGAGAUGAAGAUGCAGGCGGAUGAGGAGCACGUCAACCUGCUGAGCCAGAGAGACCAGCUGACUCAGAGGCUGAAGACAAAGAGGCAGAUGGACGAGGCAGAGGGGGAGAUCGAGCGUCUGGAACACUCGAAGAAGAAGCUGCAGAGAGAACUGGACGAGCAGAUCGAGGCCAAUGAGCAGCUUCAUGGCCAAAUGAGCGCACUGCGGAAUGAGAUGAGGCGUAAGAGGAAAUCCCCUCCACUCAGUAAGGCUGUGGAGGACAAUGUGAAGGACGAGGAUGACUAUGGAUCUGACUCUUAAUUCAAACACACUCACUAAUAGUCAUCCCUGGACUUUGUAAUGACAUGAUGAAUCACUGCGAGGACUCCUUCAUGUCAUAAUUCAUAUAAUGUCAUUAACAACUCAGGUGUGAUCUCAUAAUGUUGUGAAUAGCAUGGCAGCUUGCCAAGGCUGACCUCUUGUGGCAAUAUGUGUAACAGCACUAUCUGGCAUACUGAUGUUUUACAAUGCAAAGGCCUAAAUGGCUUACUUACCUGUACUUAAAAUGUAUUUUCUGUUCCUUAAGUUAUUUCUCUGAGGGGGGAGUUAAUAUGAUGCAAACUGCAAAUCUUAAACCAAUGAAUAAAUACGAUUUAAAAGUA